AUGGAGCCCCCGUCAGGCCCUGCAAGCAGGUGGCAUGUCCCCUGGAACAGGUUCCUGCUGGCAGUCUCACUCUCAACUUUCUGGACCCCACCCACCACUGCCCAGCUCGCUGUUGAAACGGUGCCCCCCCUUGCUGCAGAAGGGUUGAAUGUUCUACUUGCCCACAACAUGUCAGAGAAUCCUCUAGGUUAUGCCUGGUACAGAGGAGAGAGUGUAGACAACACCCAGCUAAUUGCAUCAUAUAGGGUAGACACUAAUGCAACUACCAAUGGGCCUGUGUACAGCAGACGGGAGACACUUUACCCCAACGGAACCCUGCUGAUCCAGAACGUCGCCCAGAAAGACACAGGAUCCUACACCCUGCUCGUUACAAAGAAGGAUUUAUAGACAGAAAGACUAACUGGACAUCUCUGCAUAUACACGCUGUUGCCUACACCCGUCAUCACCAGCAACAACUCCAACCCCGGGCAGCACGAGGACACUGUGGUGUUAACGUGUAGAUUUGAGACUUGGGACGUCUUCUACAAGUGUUCAGUCAACAAUCAGAGCCUCCCUAACAGCAUGGAGCUGGAACUGUGCAAGGGAAACAGGACUCUCACUGUGUUCAAUGUGACAAGGCAUGACACAGGACCCUAUGUGCGUGAAGCUGGGGAUCCAGAGAAUGUCACCCAUGAUGACCCAUCCACCCAGAAUGGCCUCUGCCAAGAAAACAGCCCAGCCCUCAAUAGGGAGAUCGUUAUCAUCAUCAUGAUUGGGAUCCUGGUUAGGGCCAGUGGCCAGAAUGACCUCAGAGAGCACCGGCGUCCAGCAACCACCCUGGGACAUGGUCCCUCUGGCAUCUCUGUCUCCCCGGCCUCCCUACCCAGCCCCAAGCCAGCUGUUCCCAUCUAUGAGGAAUUACUCUAUCCCAACACAGAUAUCUACUGCCAGAUCAACCCCAAAGUAGAUGUGGUUUCUUAG